UUCAUAUAUGAGCUCUGUUAUAUCUAACGCUUGGUGGUUGGGCUAAGGAAUAUAGUUUAACCAAGCAAUAAAACCCUAACUCCACUUCAGCACAGCGUUUGGUUUAUCGUAUUCACUACAAAAUCCGCCCCCAAUUAAAAUCCUAGGGUUUUUAUUGCAAUUGUAUCGAAAUUGUGACUCGUUAACGUUUUUGUUAUUACGGAUUAUUAUUUGAUUCGAGCUUCAGCAGACGACUAAUUUCAAAAAGAUGGAUGCUCAGAGGGCUUUGCUCGAUGAACUCAUGGGCUCAGCACGGAAUUUGACUGAAGAAGAAAGAAAAGGGCAUCGGGAAAUUAAAUGGGAUGAUAAGGAUGUUUGUGGAUGCUAUAUGGUUCGAUUCUGUCCCCAUGAUUUGUUUGUCAACACUCGGAGUGAUCUAGGGGUAUGCCCAAAAAUUCAUGAUCCGAAGUUGAAGGAAAGUUUUGAGGAGUCCCCCAGGCAUGAUUCAUAUGUUCCUAAGUUUGAAGCUGAAUUAUCUCAGUUCUGUGAAAGGCUGGUUUCAGAUUUAGAUCGAAGAGUUAGGCGUGGCCGUGAGCGCCUUGCACAAGAUGUCGAAGUUCCCCCUCCCCCUCCAAUUUCAGCUGAAAAGGCCGAGCAGUUGUCAGUGCUGGAGGAGAAGAUAAAGAACCUACUUGAGCAAGUUGAGUCUCUUGGUGAAGCAGGAAAGGUCGAUGAAGCGGAGGCACUUAUGCGGAAGGUGGAACUUCUUAAUAUUGAGAAGACAGCCUUAACUCAGCCACCACAGCCGGAUAAACUGUUGCUGGUUGCACAGGAGAAAAAAAUGGCACUAUGUGAAAUAUGUGGUUCGUUUUUAGUAGCGAAUGAUGCUGCAGAGAGAACUCAGUCACAUGUAACUGGGAAGCAGCAUAUGGGUUAUGGCAUGGUCCGGGAAUUUCUGGCCGAGUACAAGGAAGCUAAGGAGAAGGCAAGAGAGGAUGAAAGAUUGGCUAGGGAGAAAGAAGCCGAAGAGCGAAGGAAGCUGCGAGAAAAAGAGCUCGAGAGCAGAAACAGGAGAAGCGAUUCGGCUGACAGGGACAGGUAUCGUGAUCAUGGCAGAUCUCGCGAAAGGAAUGGUAGAGGGAGCCGAGAAUUGGGAAGAGGAGCAGAUAGGAGAAACAGCGGUUCGAGUAAUGGAAGAGAAGGCAGUAGGGAUAGAUACAGAGAACGUGAAAGAAGCAGGUCACGCUCUCCUCACAGGCAUAAUAGUCGAAGGAGGUCAUCGAGGAGUCCAAUUCGCCCCUAAAUAGAGAGAGAGAGGAAUGUGUAGAAAUAUAUCUGAAUUCUGAAGAGGUAGACACUUUCUCGUAAACCAUUAAGUUUAUAAUGUAUGUGAUUUUGGAGUCUUGAAAAAGUUGUGUUGUCAUUAAGUUGAGUAAAAGUUGGUUUUCUGUUCUCACAGCUGUAUUGAGACUACUACUACUAUACCAUCUCCUAUCACCAAUAUUAUUACAGGAGAAAAGAUUGAGGUAGGUAACUUAUCGUCUAUUCAAAGUUUUGGUUUCGACUGUUUGAAAUUUGAAUGGCUCAAAAGUCGGUUUCUCAUCCUUCUUGGUACUCUAGAAUUUGGUUUGUUCGCGCGAAUCUGUUUUCCCCUUCUCUCUUUGGUAACUCAGGUCGUGCAAAUGUGAAUUCUUGCUUGUGAUUGUUGCUUAUUUGGGGAAGUGAGUAAAUACAGAAAUAAGAUCUCAUGUAGAUAUGCCGUGAAGCUGUUGAUCGGUGGGGGUAAAUCUUUCUUACCUGAUUUGUUUUUUCAUCUCUAAUGGACAGAGAAUUUAAUCUAUGCAUGUAUCAUGACUAUAAAUAAUGAAAUUAUAGCAAGUUUAGUACCUAGUCUUACAACUGUCACAGUUAAAAUUCUAUUGUAGUUUGAAUCGGGAUUUAUGUGAAAUAGAUAUAGGUCGGAAUCAAAUAGUUUCCUUGUUCUGGUGUUGAGAGUAUGACAAAAAAUUGUCGCAUUCUUCUUCCUUUGUUCCUUGAAGCUAUUAUUCAGGUCUCGAUCAGCAGUGGAGCAUCGCACCCAGUUUUGGGAAAAUUAGAAAAGAAAAAAAAUGAAACUUACCCCGCAUAAGGGUCAUAUUUCAAGAUUGCUGGAUGAUGUUCCGGUAACUUUUCUUUUCUCGUAAUUUGAAGGUGUGGUGGUCUUGGACACAGUGGUGCAAGUAAAUUUGUUUGUAGUCGAAAAAAAAAAUAUUGAAAGAAAUAAAUCAACUCAUUAUAAUC